AUGUUUUUAAAAUGUAUUUUAGAUAAAAAUGACCCUGUAGAACAUGGGGUUGAAUCAGAUAUAUUGGACACUGAAUCAUCUGCAAUAAAUGAUGAAAAUGACCAUGUAGGACAUGGGGUUGAAUCAGAUAUAUUGGACACUGAAUCAUCUGCAAUAAAUGAUGAAAAUGACCAUGUAGGAGUUGUAGGACAUGGGGUUGAAUCAGAUAUAUUGGACACUGAAUCAUCUGCAAUAAAUGAUGAAAAUGACCAUGUAGGACAUGGGGUUGAAUCAGAUAUAUUGGACACUGAAUCAUCUGCAAUAAAUGAUGAAAAUGACCAUGUAGGACAUGGGGUUGAAUCAGAUAUAUUGGACACUGAAUCAUCUGCAAUAAACGUGGUAAAUACUACACUUGAUUUGAAUUCAGAAUACCCUACUGAUAGAGGCAGAUUCCCUGACAACAUUACUGAUUCUAAUUUAAAGAGACAAAUCAUCUCAUAUGGUCCUUACUUGACUACUAAAACUGGAAUGAAAAUUCCAAGGCGAUGGUUAUGUUUUUCAGUUAUAAUGAGUAAGGUAUACUGUGAAACUUGUUGGCUCUUUGCCAACAGAUUGAACGCAAAUUUCAAGUAUAACUGGAUUCAAGGUAUAUGUGACUGGCAAAAUUUGAGUACUAAAAUAAUGAAACAUGAAAAAUCCCAUCAACACUUAGAAGCUGUUCAAAUACGAUUACUAUGGGUAAAAAAUGAAACAAUUGAAAAAAAUGUAGAAAAACAAAUAUCGAUUGAAGCCCAAUUUUGGAAAGAUGUUUUGACCAGAUUAAUAAAAAUUAUUUUAAGUCUUACUGCUGGAAACUGUGCAUUAAGAGGAAAUGAAGGGAAAAAAAAUACUGAUUCAGAAGGAAAUUUUCUACGCACCGUUAAACUUAUUGCCGAAUAUGAUCCUGUAUUAAACAAAUUACUUUACAAUGAAGAAAUGAAAAUAAAAUAUCUUAGUUGGAAAAUACAGAAUGAGCUCAUUGAACUAUUGGCAUCAAAUGUUAAAAAAUUAAUCUGUGAUGAGAUUCGAAAUGCUCAAUGCUUUACAAUAAUAAUGGACUCGACCCAAGAUAUCACAAAAAUAGACCAGGUUAGUUUAAUUAUAAGAUAUGUUAUAGUUGAUUAUGAAGCAAAAUCUUUCAAAAUAAUGGAAUCUUUUUUGGGAUUUUAUCCAUUAAUUAAGCAUGGUGCUGAAGAUCAUGUUAAUUUAAUUUAUGAAAUAUUGAACAAUUGUAAAUUGGACAUAAAAAGAUGUAGAGGUCAAGGGUAUGAUGGGGCAUCAGUUAUGAGUGGUGCAUAUACUGGUGUCCAAAAAAGGAUUUCAGAUGUCGUACCAAGUGCUUCCUACAUUCAUUGCACAGCUCAUAACCUCAAUUUGGUUAUUUCUGAUAUUGCUAAAAGCUCUCAAAAAGUAGCUUUAUUCUUUGAUCUUGUACAAGAUAUAUUUCUGUUCUUUAGCAAGAGCGCACCUAGAUGGGCAUCGUUGGCUUUUGUGACAAAAGUGAUGAAAAAAAUAGAGCCAAAUCACUGA